AUGCAUGCUCGUGCUCUGAUAUCGGAAUGCGGACUGUUCAUCGCCGUGCCCUCGGGCCAUGAGUUGCACGUCCAUAGCCUCCAGUCUCCGGACUCCCCCCUCCACUACGAUCUCUCCAAGAUCUUCUUUCGCCACAGAAAGCUCCCCCGCUGGGCGCUGUACAAACCCCGCAUAUCCAUCUCGAUUAUCCAGUGGGAGCACGUGGCCUCAGCGCCGUCCACAAAAGUCGCCGUCUGUGCCUCCGACGACGCCCUCCACCUAGUACUCAUUUUCAGCUUGGCAGAACCAUGGCCUGCCAUCAUCGAGGCGGACGCCUUUGGGGUCGAGCGGCUCCAGUGGCUCCCGUUGCUUCUGCGUGAGACAAGCGCGUACAAAAACAGCACGCUCUUGGCCGUGUUCACCAAGCACGGCUUGGAGCUCAGGCUUUAUUCGCUCAUGCACACACACGUGCUAGUCACAGUCCCCAAGCCUGUGAUUGGCGAGGUGUUUGUCCGGCCAGACAGCACGGGCGUGUGGUCGGUCGUUUCCUCGGCAUACUACGAAAAGAACUCGCGCCAGAAAGCCAUCCGAGAUGACCCCUCGGCGCUCUGGCCGACCUUGUUGCACUUUCACACAGACGGCGUGCUGUGCUCGCUCCUUGCAUCUUUGAAACUCGACUUCGACCCGAGUCCCGCCGCCGCGUUCUCGUGGUCAAUGUCGGGGAAAUGGCUCCUGUACUUCGACACGGCGCACUCGCUUGAUGCCCACAAACUAUUGGUCUUCAACGCGUUGGGGGUCCACGAUAAGGCCAUUGAAGACAUCACUUGCCAUGUGCUACAGACUACUCGUACGCUCAGCUACGAGCCCGAGUCAACCGAGUCACGUAUGGCGGGUCUCUUCCCACAAGCGCUCUGGGGACGCGUGAAACACAUUGAUUAUAUCGUGGUGGUCCCAACACACACCAUUUUGACUUUACGGCUACGCGUCAGCGACGUUUUGAACAUGUUCAAGUCACAAAUACACGAACUAGACUUGCGCUCUGGGAUAAUCUGGACCCGCGCACAAAGCGGGCCCAAAAUGCAAUACAAGAGGGACAGUACUCUUCCCACAUCUUUGCCGCAUAAUUGGUCCAAGAUCCGCACGUUUGGUUCAAGCCACUUGAUUGCCACAGACAACUGUGUCGUUCUUUUUAGGCCACUGUUCGAUAAGGUGCUACGAUUUGACAUCGUGGCAACUAUCGUCGUCAACCUGGCCCUCCUUGAAGCCAAAGAGCUACACAACGGCAGCCAUCUUUUGGUUUUCAAUGACCAUGUCGCUCUACGGACUCCAGCUGGCAUGGAGAGCUUAUCAUCGAGCACCACGGAGUUUACAGAGGUCAAAGUGAAUGAAGAAAAUGAAGGUUUGACAAUCUCGCUUGUGGAAACAGGCGCAAAUAAUUCAGCUUGGAGACAGCUCAAAUACAAGUUCAGCAGCAACAGAAAUUCCGCUCAGGAAACAGACUCUUCAGAAAUCGCAAUGAAGGAGGUCGGACUCAACACAGGUCCCCCUUUCUUCAAUGCAACAAAGGAUGCAGGCAGCAUAUUGCAUAGGUUUGUGAAAGAUCUUCAGCCAGGCCAGUUCUCGGACUCAUCUGGCCCCGCAGAAGAGAUUACAGACACGUUCCAAACCCAAAAGAGGAGAAGGCUUUGA